AUGCUGCGCCUCCGCUCAUCUCUGCCUCCACUGCGCAGCCGCAGUUUCUCCAGGACGCAGAACGAGCCGAACAGGGAAGACGGCAAAAUGGCCCUCGAUAAUUUGAUUUUCGCCCAGUGCAUCCUUUAUUUUUUAGCCUUCGUGUUCGGCUUCAUCGCCGUGGUGCCUCUGUCCGAGAACACGGAGGAUUUCGGGGGCAAAUGUCUGCUGUUCACGCGGGGUAUGUGGCAGAACGAGAACAUCACUGUGUCGAAGCAGCGCUUCAUCGUGGAGGAGUGGGGACCCGAGUCCUCCUGCAGCUUCAUCACUUUUGUCGGGAUAGCGUCCCUCAUCCUGUCCGCAGUGCAGGCGUGGAGGCUGCUGUUCUUUCUGUGCAAAGGACACGACGACUCCAUCUUUAACGCCUUCCUCAACCUGCUGAUCAGCUCCUUGGUGGUGUUCACAGUUUUCCUGUCCAGCACCAUCGUCAGCGUGGGCUUCAACCUGUGGUGCGACGCCAUCACUGAGGGUGGAACGAUGCCCAGCAGCUGCGAGGACCUGCAGGACACCGAUCUAGAGCUGGGCCUGGACAACUCUGCUUUCUACGACCAGUUUGCUAUAGCUCAGUUUGGCCUGUGGGCCGCCUGGCUCACCUGGCUCGGCAUCGCGGUGAUGGCCUUCCUGAAGGUCUACCACAACUACAGACAAGAGGACCUGCUGGACACCCUGAUCCACGAGAAGGACCUGCUGCUCGGGCGCUCGUCACGCCGCAACUCCGACCUCAAGACGGGCCUCAUCUAGAAAACCCCGAGGAUUCACAAAACGCACACACGUUCAUUCGCCGUCAACCGUAACAGUCCCGUCGCCUGCCAUGAGAAACACCGAUGUUUGCCUGUGUAGACAAUCAGAAUCAAUUGGCUUCUGCUCCCAUUGACCACGGAUUGAAUCAGAUGGACGAUUUUAGCUUUUGUUCUCUAGAGGUAAUCGAUUUUCCGUCAAAGAAAAAGAAAAAAAACACAUCUAAAGGUGGUUCUUAAUCUAUGAAGAGUCCUGCUUUAUUGUGUGUUCAGGACACACAACCCCAGCCAAGCUUUGAUAGUAUUAAAACCAUUUAAAUGAAA